AUGCGUUAUCUCUCCCUUCUAUCCGCCCUCGCCGCCACCGCGCUGGCCCAGACGCCCCCGGGCAGCUCCCCAUCCACCAACAAGAACUUUGGUGUCGCCUUUCCCAAUGCCACCGUGACCCCUGGUACCUGGAUGAGCCCUGAUGACAUCACCAGCCAGCCGGCCAUCUAUGUCACCGAGAACCUGAACAAGGAUGCCACCUACAUGGUCGUGAUGCUCGACCUCAACAUCCCUGAUUCGGAUGUCACCACCGCCGCCUACUACGACACUCUCGUCCCCGGUCUGGCUGUCAACACCACCACCCGCCUGCACUGGUGGGGUGGCAACUACACUAUCCAGAACGGACGCUUCGUCAACUCCAGCGAUGCUAUCUCCGAAUAUACGGCUCCUCGUCCCCGAGACAGCACCAACCACACCUACACGCUGUAUCUGUUUGACCAGCCCGAGGGAUAUGUGCCUUUCGAUGAGGCAGCAAACGGGACUUAUUACUCGCAGACUGCUUUUGCGCGGUUCAACUUCACUCUGGAGCCGAUCUUGAAGGCGGUUGGGGGGCCGGUUGCGGCGAAUUAUUUUUUGAGUGAUGAGAUCUAG